AUGUCUUUUAGUACUUUAUUAGAUUGGCUUUUGGUUCUGAUUUUUACUUAAUGUAAUAAAUACAAUAAAUUACAUUUUAGUAUGUCAAAGUUGUGAUGACGGUCAAUAUCUUGAUAGUGAUAAUUAAUGUUAGUAAUGUGAUUAUUCAUGUGAGAAAUGUGAAAUUUAAAGUAUAAAUUGCAUCUCUUGCAUUAUUGGAAUGUAUUUAUCAGAUUCAUAAUGUUUACCUUGUUAAAUUCCUUGCAAAACUUGUGUUGAUAAUAAUUCAAAAUGUUAGUCAUGCGUUGAUGGAUAUUAUUGGGAUUAUUCUUCUACUUGUAAUGAAUGUACAAAACCUUGCUUCAAUUGUCAUGAAAGUUCUGACUUCUGUUUAAGUUGUCAACCAAAUUUUUAAAUAGGAUAAAUAAUUGGUGGAUGUGAAUGUUCACCAGAAGGUUAUAUACAAAUUGAUGAUGUAACUUGUUUAUAAUGUAUUGCACCUUGUAAAACUUGUACAAUUUCAGAAUUCAACUGUUUAAGUUGUAUUGAUCUUAAUCAAAUUUUAAUAUAUGAUGAUAUUUAAAAUUUUUGUCUAUGUAGAACAGGAUGGAUUUUAGACAUAAAUGGUAUAAAUUGUAUUUAAUGUUAAUUACCUUGUAAAGAUUGUAAUUUAGCAAUAAAUAAAUGUAUAACUUGUAAUGAUGACAUUCAUUAAUCAGGUGAAACUUGUAGUUGUGAACCUGGAUGGGUAAAUAAUUAAAAUUUUUAAUGUAUUCAAUGUGAAAAACCUUGUAAAACUUGUAAUUCAUCUACAUAACAAUGUGAUUCUUGUGAAGAUCCUAAUCAUUAUAUAAGUAAGACUUUAUAAUGUAUAUGUAAAUCUGGAUAUUAUUCUAAUACAAUAUCAACAUGUUUAAAAUGUAAAGAACCAUGCAAUGAAUGUAAUAUUUAGGGUUGCAUUAAUUGUAUUGACAUUAAUCAAAUAGUAGAUAUUAAUUAAAAAUGUAUUUGUAAAGACUAAUACUAUUUUAAUGGAUUUAUUUGUGCUUAAUGCUAAAAACCAUGUAACACAUGUAUAGAUUCAUACAAUAAAUGUUUAACAUGUCUUGAUCCUAAUUCAUAAAUAUAUUAAUAUUAAUGUUAAUGCAAACCAGGUUUUAUUUAAUUUUAAGAUUACUGUUGUGAUUUCAAUUGUAAGAAUUGUUUUGGAAUCAAUAAUUGUCAUGAAUGCAAAUAAGGAUUUUAUUUAACUUCUAAUAGUUCAUGUUUACCAUGUCUUAACAAUUGUUUAGCUUGUUCAAAUCAAACUUAUUGUGAAAUUUGUAAUGAUGGUUAUUUUCCUAAUUCGGAUAGAUAAUGUAUAAAUUGUAUACCUAAUUGUAAAAAUUGUGUUAAUUAAUAAUUUUGCAUCCAAUGUAUGGAUGGAUAUUACAUUAAAGAAGAUCAAUGUAUAUAAUGCAAUCUAAAUUGUUAAACAUGUUUAAUAUAAGCAUAACUUUGUCAAAGUUGUAGAAUUAAUUAUCAAAUCAACUCUAUUAAUAAAACUUGCUAAUGCAAAAGAGGAUAUUAUGAAAACAACAACUAAUGCUUAUAAUGUAAAUAUCCUUGUAAAAAAUGUUCUAAUUAAGAUGAAUGUUAAGAGUGUGCUUAAAUUUCAAAUUUAUUUUUAAAUGAAUAAAAUAAAUGCGAAUGUAAAUAAGGCUAUUAUUAUUUCCAACAAUUUUGUUUAUUAUGUGAUUAUACUUGCCUUACUUGUGUUGAUAAUUCUUUGAAUUGUUUAAGCUGUGAUUAAUCUAAAUUAAGAACUCUUACAGGAAAUUCAUGCCCUUGUAUUAAAAAUUAUUUUGAGAAUGAAAAUAAAGUUUGUUAUCCUUGUGAUUCAGAUGAAGGCAAAAUAACUUAAAGUUGUUAAUAUAAAAACCCAACUGAUUUUAUUUGGACUUAUGGAGAAGAAUGUGAUGAUGGUAAUGAAAUAAACAGAGAUGGAUGUUCAAUUAACUUAAUAGAUUAAUAUUAUUCAUGUCUCAAUGUUAUACUCUAAUAAUCAAUUUGUUUUUUAUGUCCAAUGAAUUGUAUAAUCUGUGAUUUUGAUUAAAUGAAUAAAAAAUCUUUUUGUACUAAAUGUGAAAUUGGAUAUUUUUUAGAUUAAAAUUAAUGUGUUUAAUGUUAAAAUAAUUGUUUAGAAUGUAUAAAAUAACCAUAUAAUUGUCUAAGAUGCAGAUAUAAACAAAAUUUGAAUAACAAAUGUCUCGAUUGUUAAAAUACAAAUGGUUAUUAUAUAGACAAUCUCAAUAUUAAUUGUUAUUCUAAAUGUGGAGAUGGAAUAAAAACAUAAGAUGAAGAAUGUGAUGAUGGGAAUAUUUUGAAAGGUGAUGGAUGCAAUUCACAAUGCCAAUUAGAAAAUAAUUACAUUUUAUAAAAUGGCUUAAGUAUUAUUCCUGUCUUUCCAAAACCUUAUUUAUAAAGUGUUGGUAAUUCAUAAAUUUAUUCAAACAAUAGAUAAUUUUAAUUAUCUUAUAAUGUAGAUUUAUUUAUUCAUACAGACUUUUAAUUAAAACAAUUUAUAUCCUUACAUUUCUAAAAAGAAUCAACCAUUUCAACUAUUGAUCAAGAAUUUGAGCUUAUUUAAUAAAUUUAAUAAUUAGAUGAACCAAAUAAAGCACAAUUAAUAUUAAUCAUUAACAUAUUCUUUAGUAGAAAUUCAAAACGAGAAAGCCUUAUUAUCAAAUUUCAUUCUCUAUCUUAAAUUAAAUCCUUUCUAGGUUACUCUCAAAUAGAUAGUGAAAUAAAAUGUAAUAUACCAAAAUUAAUUUUUAUUGAAGAUGAUACAAUACUAUAAAUUUAAAAUAUUACUAAAACUAAUACCUAUUUAUUAUAUUUUAUUGGAGCUAUGUUUGUAGGAUCUCUAAUUUUUGGAGGAAUUGAUAUAUUUUUUAACUUAUUAGAUAACCUAUAAGUGUUAUCAUAUUUUAAAUAUUUAAAUUUAGAGCUUCCUUACAAUUUAAAAGUUUAUUUUAAUUUAUUCGGAUUUGCAUAAAUCAAUUUCAUCUAAAAAGUAUAUGAUUUCUCAGAUUUUCUUGAUUCAGUUUUAGAUUUAAAUGUAGUUAAACAAAAUCCAAAAAAAAUAGCUGCAGAUUACAUUACACUUCUAUCAUUAAUAAAUAUGUCUACUAUCUUAGUAAUUUGGAUGUUUUUAUGUUUGAUUUAUUGUGUUUGCAAAGUAAUACCAAAAUUAUUUUUCUCUAUCAAAUUAACUUUUUAUGAAAAUUUAACAGAAGAUUCAAAGCUGAUAAAAAUAAGUAUAUAUUAUCUCACAUUCAAAAACUUUAUAAUAAAUUCAUGUUACAUCCUAAUAUCAGAAUUUUUUUAUAGUGGCAUUCUUAGAGUUCACAUGGCAACUUCUUAUGAUUAAACGUUCAGUAUAGUACUUUAACUACAGUAAAUUGAUUUGCUUUCUUAAAAUGCAUUCAUUUUUUUGAGUUCACAUCUUGGCCUUUUGGCUUUUGGAUUAUAUUUAAUUAGCAUUUAUUUUGUAAUCUAACUUUCAGAAAUGAAACUAUAUUCUAUCAAAUGUAGAUCAAUUUAAUAAAAAUAUGGAUCUAUUUUUGAAGGAUUAAAAAAAUAAUCAAUCUCAAAAUAUUUCAAUGCUAUUCUACUCAUUAAGAAGUUAAUAUUUAUGAGUAUUUUAGUAUUUGGCUAUUACUUUCCUCCUUUUUAAAUUUGUAGUAUUGUCUUACUUUCAGCAUCAAUGUCUUUUUUUUUAAUAAUUUUUAAACCUUUAGAAGAUUUCAAUGAAUAUAUCAAAUAAUUAUCUUGUGAAAUUAACAUAACCUUUACAUUAAUUUUCCUUAUGUUUUUAACUUUUGAUAAUGAACUUGGGUUCCUUACAUAUAAUUAAUAAUAAAAUUUAGGUUGGAUUUGUAUAUUUUUCAUGACAUCAAUAAUUUGUAUUCAAUUAGUUGUUGAUGCAAUAUAAUAAUGGAAACUACUUUACAAAAAAUACAAAAAAAUUAGAUUUUUUAUUGACAAAAUUCUAAGUUUUAUAUAUCCUUAAAAAUAUAUAUCAACAACAAUCAAAGCAACACCUGAAAUAUUAUAAAUGAAAUAAACAUCUAGUAUUUUUGAAAAAAAACCAACAUUUGGUAUUUUAUAAAUGGAAGAACAACCUGGUAUUUUAUAAAUAAAAGCAAUAUCUGAUAUUGAACAAAUAAAGGAAACGCCCAAAUUAGGAGCUUGA